CGAUAUGCAAAUAAUCAAGCAAGCAUAAAGAAAACAAACAACUAAACAAAGAAAGAAAAAUAAUCAUUAGUCACUAAUCAAAAAUGGGAGAUUCCUACUUUGCUAAAGAGGAUAACCAAAUUAGUGUUGCCUCUGAACAAAUUGAGGAUAGUGCUUGUCUUUCAGCAAUGGUACUUACCACUAAUCUUGUUUAUCCAGCAGUGUUAAAUGCUGCUAUUGAUCUUAAUUUAUUUGAGAUCAUAGCUAAGGCAACACCGCCCGGUGCUUUCAUGUCACCAUCAGAAAUUGCUUCUAAAUUGCCACAAUCAACUCAACACUCGGACUUGUCUAAUAGGCUUGACCGAAUGUUGCGUUUGCUUGCUAGUUAUUCCGUUCUUACUUCUGCCACCCGAACUAUCGAGGACGGUAGCACCGAGAGAGUUUACGGACUCUCAAUGGUCGGAAAAUACCUUGUCCCCGAUGAAACUAGAGGAUCAUUGGCUUCAUUCACUACAUUUAUGUGUUAUCCUGCAUUGUUGCAAGUUUGGAUGAACUUUAAGGAAGCAGUGGUUGCUGAAGACAUUGAUUUGUUCAAGAACAUUCAUGGAGUGACAAAGUAUGAAUACAUGGGAAAGGAUAAGAAAAUGAACCAAAUAUUUAACAAAUCAAUGGUUGAUGUUUGUGCAACAGAGAUGAAAAGAAUGCUUGAAAUAUACAAUGGAUUUCAAGGAAUAUCAACAUUAGUUGAUGUUGGUGGUGGAAGUGGACAAAAUCUAAAAAUGAUUAUAUCUAAAUACCCAUCAAUUAAGGGAAUUAAUUUUGAUCUGCCUCAGGUUAUUGAAAAUGCACCACCAAUUCCAGGGAUUGAGCAUGUUGGAGGAGAUAUGUUUGCAAGUGUUCCACAGGGUGAUGCCAUGAUACUAAAGGCUGUGUGUCACAAUUGGUCAGAUGAAAAGUGCAUAGAAUUUUUAAGUAAUUGUCACAAAGCUCUUUCACCAAAUGGAAAAUUGAUUGUUGUGGAGUUCAUAUUGCCAGAAGAACCAACAGCAACUGAAGAAUCUAAACUUGUUUCAACUCUUGAUAAUCUCAUGUUUAUCACAGUUGGUGGAAGGGAAAGAACUGAGAAACAAUGGGAGAAUUUGAGCAAACUCUCUGGAUUUUCCAAAUUUCAAGUGGCUUGUUGUGCUUUCUCAAGUUUAGGAAUCAUGGAGUUUUAUAAAUGAAGGAAUUAUAAUAGUAAUGUUGAAUUUUAAAAUAAAUGUGUUAAGAGUAAAGUGAGAAUAAAGACCUCUUUGUGAGAGUCAAUUGUGCUACAAUGUAUACUUUCUUGAUUUUAAUUUCUGCUUUGAUGUUAUGU